CCCUAAAUUUUUCUUACAUUUGACAUGUUGAAGCAAACAAAGUCCGCCAAAUUACAGAGCCAAACCCAAAUUCCAAAAUGCGUUCGGGUGUGUCUGGGGGCGCAGGACUGCGCUGGCAUUCCACCACCACCACAACCACCAAUAAUACCGCCAUCUGAGCCCGAGAAAGAGUUGCAACAAGUGCUCCAUAAACUAGUGAAGAGACUGAAGCUGAAAACACCCUUACGGAAUGCCAUGUAUCUAAGGAAAUGGAAAUAUCAGCGCGUAUCGCCCGAGUUUCUAACACUUCUAUUGGAACACCAAGUGGGGGCGCUGCCACGACGCUACCUAUUGAGAGAGCCUAACUUCUCUUACUACAAGUACGAUGGAGCUCUCAAGUUUCGUCACAUGCGAGUGGGUAUCGACACGGCAGCGCCCCUGCAGUUUCCAUGUUGCCAUGCACAAUGCCCACGAGUCGGACAUACCUCUGAAGAAAUCAAUGAUAUGAAAUUGCAUGAGUUCGGAUGUUGUGUGCCAUUAGAAAAACCAAUAGAGGAACCCAAGCCCAAGGAACCAAGACGCUCAGUCGAUAACGGACCCGAAAGCUACGAAUACGAUAAAGGUAUGCUUAUGCAGACAAAGCGCGAUCUAACAGACGAACAGAAACAGCGCUUGAAUUAUAUCUACGAAGAAAACGAAUACCGUGCGAAUGAAAAUGCCGGCGAGGAUCCUGAGAAUCGCUUGCAUUUGAUUUACAGGGUUCAAGAGAAUUAUGAAGAUAAUAAGUUGCUCGAUGCUGAAAUUAAAGCAGAGGAAAACAAAAAUAAAUUGCAUGUUAUUUAUCAGCCCUCUGAGCUGGAGCCAGAGCCCAGAGAGGAGGAAAAGGCUGCAAAGCCAAAAUUACAUGUUAUAUAUGAGCCGAGCCGUAAGAUUCCUGAGCCACGCAAAACACCAGAAACUAAAAUCAUACCAGCCGCUGAAGACAAGACCGAUUACUGCCCCCAGCCAAAGCCCGUUAAAAGCCAACUUCAGCCUCACGAGCGUUGGAUAUGUCCAAAGAUAAAGGCUGGGAAAAAGCGUGAUCCACGCUAUCUAUAUUAUGAAAACACACCGUUCUACCAGGUACUGAAGAAUAAUAGCUAUCUUAAGGAAACACGUACCCCGCGUCGCAGAAGCAGGAGUAGAAGCAGACACGAAGGAAAAGGUAAGUCGACACCAGUACGUACAGCACCGAUGGAACUCAAAUCAGAUGAGCAACUUACACCUAAGACGAGUGAGCAUAUUGUGAGAGCUAAAUCGAAGAAACCCACCCAUGGUUUCUAUGAUGUAUUACGCUGCCACCGAAAAGUCUUUGUACACGGCUCUGAGCGGCCCGAUGUUCUAGACGAUACAGAUAUUGAGGCGCGUGGGAGAAGUACAAGCGAGUGCAGCGGGUUUCGGUCAUAUGUGAAGCGUUCCGAAAAAGAUUUAAUCGAACACUACUAUAGAACUCACUGCCAUUUGGUUACGAAGGAUGCCUAUAAAGUAAAGAAACGCAAGAAGCCCAAACCCUACUGCUACUUAUGGUCCACUGUGGACGAUGACAUAAGGCUUGCAGAGAAGGAACGAUUAGCGGAACUGGCAUGCCGCAGGCGUAAAAUGAACCAACGCCUUAACAGGCGACCCUACUGUUACCUCUGGUCCGACGUAGAACCCGACAUCAAGGCCAAUACAAAACAAAUGCUAGAGGAAAGAGGAGCGGAAGACAGGGCUAAGGCACUACACCGGAAGAAGAUGCGGUUGCGCUCUUGCUUCCUUUGGUCACGGAACGAAGAACGGGAAGCUGAAAAGGAACGACAAAGAAUUGACCGGGCGACAAGGCUUCGUCUAGAAAGAUGGAGACGCAAAAAAGCGGAAGAAUCCGGUACUAGCAUAGAGGAAAAACUAGAUCAUCCCCAGCAGAGAAUGUGUUACUUGUGGAGCACCCCUGACAAAGAUCAUGAAAACAAGCCACUUCCGCAAUUUGCAGCGAAUCCAAAUCAGCGUCAAAGUGCACCUGAAAGGCAUUCAAGCAGUUCUGAAGACUCGGAGACUAAAAAGUCUAAGCUCGAACCCUACUACCUCUGGUCAAAUCCCGGAGACGAAAGUCUCAAGGAGAGACGUAAACGCAAACCUGCUAAAACUGGGAAAGAGGUAAAACAAAAAGAGGUUGUGAAAUGUGUGCGAUCGGUGCGCAUUGACGAGUCACCAGCUAAGAAAGAAUAUGAUAAUUCUCUGCCUUGUGCAAGGUUCACAUCACCGGAAAGUACAUCUGAGCCGGAAACAACGGAGAAGCGAUAUGAGAUUUCGGAACAAGACACCUGCUGUAAGAGAUUAGCGCCCAACGGGGAAGGAAAUCAAGAGAGGCAGAACUGGUCGCGUCCAGUUGAACGUAGAAGCCAGUUUGGACCCAUUCCUAGCCGAAGUAAUGGGACUAUUUUGAAAACACCAAAUAUUUUUUCCCAACUCAUUAUUGGCAAGACUAAGUCUUUAAGUAUAAGGCAGAAUGACGGCAGCGAUCGAAAGGCAGACUGGUCUUUUCCAAUGGAUCAUGAUGAAGAAAAAGCUGACAAAAACAAAAAAUUUAUGUGGUCGGCUCCGGUACAAGAAAAUACCCACUUGGAGUCAAAGAUGUCAGCGACUUCAAGUCACCAAAUUUCUCGACGUGAGUCCAAAACUUCUCAAAAAAAGAAGCGAUGGAGCCAAUUUACAAAUUUUAGCCGACGUGAGUCCAGAGCUUCGAAAAAAGACAAUCAAAGUGAGACUGUUUCCAAGCGUGAUUCCAUGGUCUCCCAAAUAACUUUUCGUAGUGAGGAUAGUGACGAGCUUGAGUCUAAUUCUGCCAAAAAGAGUGCUCCUAGUGAGAAUACUACCAAUCCUGAGUCUACGGUUGCCAAAACUGUUUAUAGUGAGCCUGCAGCCAAACGUGAGUCUAUGGUUGCCAAAAAGAAGGCUGACAAGGCUGACAAAGCUGCCAAGCGUGACUCUAUAUUUACCAGAAAACGUACUUAUAGCGAGAAUACCGCCAAUCCUGAGUCUACGGUUGCCAAAACUGUUUAUAGUGAGCCUGCAGCCAAAAAGAAGGCUGACAAAGCUGCCAAGCGUGAGUCUACAUUUACCAGAAAAAGUACUUAUAGCGAGAGUACCGGCAAUCGUGAUUCUACGGUUUCCCAAAUAAGUAUUUAUAGUGAGAAUUCUGCAAAACGUGACUCCCACGAUACCAACAAAAAUCAGCAAAAAUCAAAAAGUCCAAGAUUAUCACGCGAGGCCUCAACGACUAGCAUGGCAACCCAUAGUACAAAUGAAGAUCAUAAGAAGGAUCAGCUACCGGUCCACGAAUUAGCAAAGCCUCUCCGAAAACACCAUAAAGUCGAAGAGCCCCCCCAUCAAGAUUACAAGGAAGAAGACCGAUGGCAUCAGGUAUGGGCUAGUAAGGAACCUCCGGUCGAUUGGGAAGAGCAUAGGCCCCAAAGAAAACAUACUGUCAUCCAAAAGGAAAAUAAGCCAGUCCAAAAAAAGCGCGAAGUACAUAUGUGGUCUGCACCGAUAGAGCCAAGUAACUUUGAAGAAAUGAACAAAAAAAUGAAAUGUACAUCGCCAGACCGCGAUUGCGAUUCAACGAAAUGUUCUUUAAGACAUUAUGGACCAACCCCCACCCAGCAUAGAACUAACUCGUAUCUCAAAAAACGUCCUCCAUCGAAAUUUCACUCCCACUGCAGUCAAGCUCACCAAGGAGCUCAACCAGCCCCGCAAAAGCGCCACACAUCUGCGCCGUUUAUAAAAUCGCGCUACAGAACACUUAGCAAGGAACGCCUACCAUCCAAAUAUCACCAUCAUUGCAGCAGUACCGAAAAAUUGACGACGCCGAAGCCCCGACGGAGGCUUGUCGCGAGACGGAGCAGCGUCAGCUCGAGUGGCUUUGUAACACCACCGACCGAGCCACUGUCAACCCCAUGCCUCGAUGCAGAGCGACGCGAAACAAAUGCCCAACGAGAAUGGGAAAAACGGUAUGAAGAGAAGAAAAAGGCGAAGCAAGCAGGUUUAUUGCCAGUUAGCAAGAGAGGCAACGAUUGGUUGUUCACCUCACGAGCGAUUAGAAGCAAUGAGAGUUUGAGAAAGAAAAGCAAAGAUCCUGGAAUGUUUGUGCGUCGAUCGACCAUUUUUCCCAUUGAUAAGAAGAAGAAAGAUAAGAAAAACCAUUGGUUCUUUGUGGAAGAGAGUAAAAAUCGGGACAGGCGUAGAAGGCAGGAUUGGCUUGUUGUGCGACCCUCUGGCAUGGACCCCGACGAAUAUUUGGAUCAAGAUGAAAGUCAUAAGAUUAAUACGCUAUAUUUACAAAAAUCUGAAAAACCAUCUAGCUCUGAGAGCGAGGACAGCUGCGGCUGCUUUGAAGAAGGCUGUACUAAGUGCUCUUCCUUACCUGCGCCCGAACCCGUUUAUGUCAAUUGCCAAGUUUCGCAGGCGUCUCGAACACGCUCCCGCGGUAUAGACGAGCACAACAGUUUUGGCGAUGGUGAUAGCGAAAGAUCAGCGGACAGUGGUAAUUAUGUGCGAAGUCGUUACAGAGCGGGCUUGGAGGAUACUCGGAAGCGCAGUGGCAUAUUGAAAACACACAGUUUUGCAGAUAGUUUGGCACAUCAGCAGGUACCUACUAAACGGGUGCACUAUCGCGCCGACACCAAGAAGCCGGAUUUGCAUUGCCAUGCCUUCUGUUUCUAAACGUACUUCGUCAGACGUUCGUAAUCUGGCUGGCAAAUGUUUUGCACAAAUCAGUUAACAGCUAUAUUGCGGGCGUCUGUCGCGGGGCCAUUGUCGCACAUUCGAACGUUUCGUUUCACAUGUUUUAUGUUAUUAAUUAUUAUUUAAUAUUUAACUAUUUAUAUUAACAAUUUAUUCAAAAGUCAACUUUUGUGGCUUAAGCCGAAAUUAAAAUGUUUUGUUUUUUCUGAAA